GAUUGUGAGCACUGAACUCGAACAGACGAUUUUCUGUUUUUCGCUCAUGAAGAUUGUAAUGCAACCAAUUUGUUUCUAAUGGUGUGAAGGGGAGAUUGUUUUAUCUUUGUUAAUACAUACUGGUCAAAGCACAAAGGGAACCAUGGUGUCCAAAAAUAUUUCCAUUAUUUUUUUGGCAUUAUUCGCGGUCAGCUUCUUAUUUGGCCAAAGCGAUGGGGUCGCCGUUAUGAGUGUUGAUAUUGGCAGUGAAUGGUUUAAAGUUGCUAUAGUUUCGCCGGGAGUUCCAAUGGAAAUAGCAUUAAACAAGGAAUCAAAGAGGAAAACUCCAGUGGUAAUAUCAUUUCGGGAUGGCGAUCGAACUUUCGGAGAGGAUGCUCAAGUAGUAGGCCUUCGAUUCCCCCAGAACAGCUUUUCCUACAUCCUAGAUUUGCUGGGCAAGUCUAUAGAUAAUCCAAUUGUACAGCUGUACAAGAAACGUUUUCCAUAUCACGACAUCAUCGAGGAUGAAGAGCGCAACACGAUAAUGUUCCGAGUCCAAGAUAACACUACAUACACGCCGGAAGAGCUUCUCGCUCAAAUUUUGCACACAGCCAAGGAGUUCGCUGAAAACUCAGCCAGUCAGAAGAUCAAGGAAGCCGUAAUCACUGUUCCCGGUUUCUUCAACCAGGCCGAGAGAAGAGCUCUCCUGAAAGCUGCAGAACUUGCUGAUCUCAAGGUUCUCCAGCUCUUCAACGACUACUCAGCUGUUGCCUUGAAUUAUGGAAUCUUCAACGGAAAGGACAUCAACGAUACAGCUCACUACAUCAUGUUCUACGACAUGGGAGCCAGCAGUACAAGUGCGACGGUUGUCAGCUAUCAGAAUGUGAAGACGAAGGAAAGGGGAUUUGUUGAAACUCAUCCACAAGUCAGCAUUAUGGGGGUUGGUUAUGAUCGAACCCUUGGAGGUUUGGAGAUGCAAAUUAGGUUGCAGGAGUACUUGGCAAGGGAAUUCGACGCAAUGAAGAAGACUCCGAAUUCUGUCUUCAAAAGUCCUCGGGCCUUGGCGAAGCUUUUCAAGGAAGCUGGUCGUGUGAAGCUUAUUCUCAGCGCCAAUCCUGAUCAUUACGCACAAGUCGAGGGACUUCUGGACGAUCAGGACUUCAAGCUACAAGUCACGAGAGAAAAGUUCGAAGAGUUGUGCGCCGAUAUAUUCGAGCGCGCUGUCGAGCCUAUCAAGGCUGCUUUGGACACUUCUGGAUUGUCAAUGGAUUUGAUCUCUCAAGUGGUACUAGUUGGUGCUGGUACUCGAGUUCCAAAAGUCCAGGAAAAGUUGUACGAGUUUCUGAAGGUCGAUUUAGCGAAAAACAUCAACACUGACGAAGCAGCGACUUUAGGCGCUGUCUACAAAGCAGCGGAUCUUAGUCAAGGAUUUAAAGUUAAGAAAUUCAUAACGAAAGAUGCUGUACUGUUUCCGAUUCAAGUUGUCUUCGACAGGAACGCUAACAACAAAGUCAAACAGGUGAAGAGAACCCUCUUCAGUAAGAUGAACGCAUUUCCACAGAAAAAAAUUCUCACGUUCAACAAACACACAGAAGAUUUCGAAUUCUACGUCAACUAUGCCGAUCUGGAUCACCUGUCAGGUUUUGAAAUUGCUGCUCUUGGAAACUUGAAUAUAUCAGUUGUGAAGCUGAAGGGAGUCGCUGAGGCAUUGGCACUGCAUGCGAAAGAAGGGGCUGAAAGCAAAGGCAUCAAGGCUCACUUUGCCAUGGACGAGAGUGGUGUUCUGAAUCUGGUCAACGUAGAAUUGGUAUCUGAGAAGACGAGUCUGGCUAGCGAAGAAGAAGGCACAUUCUCAAAAUUAGGUUCGACUAUCAGUAAAUUCUUUGCAGGCUCGGAAGAGAAAGAGACUGUAGAAAAGGUGGAAGACCCUGUGAAAGAAGACAUAAAACCCGUGCACGAGGAGCCUGAAUAUCCGGGAUUGAAGAAAGAAACCGAUCAAAAGGAGAAGACAAAGAACGAAACACAGCCAGGUGAUGAGAAGGCCGCAAACAAGACAGAAAAGGUUGAAAAGAAACCUACUAUUAUCACUCUCAAGAAGCCAAUCGAAAAUGAAGAAAUCAGAUUUGGAUCGCUACCUCUCGAAGGAGAAAAGUUCGUCACUUCCCACGAGAAGAUCGAGGCGUUGAACAAGGUCGACAGAGAGAGGACAAGACGUGAAACGGUUCUAAAUAAUCUAGAAUCUUUUGUUAUUGAUGCACAGCAGAAGUUAGAUUCCAAGGAGUACAAAAAAGCUUCGACACCGGAAGAGGCUGAAAAGAUUCUUAAAGCCAGUAUCGAGGUUUCCGAGUGGCUAUAUGAAGACGGAUUUGAAGCGCCAGCUGAAGUGUUUGAAGAAAAACUGGCGUCAUUGAAAGCACUGACGAAUGAUCUUUAUGAGAGAGUUUUUGAGCACAAAGAACGUCCGGAAGUACUUAAAGGAAUGAAGUCCAUGCUCAAUGGAAGCAGAACUUUCUUGGGCAAUAUGCGAAACUUGAAUACGUCGAGUGAGAUUUUCACUUCAGUCGAAAUAGAGACGCUGGAAAAGACCAUCAAAGAAACAGAGGAGUACUACGAAACAGUGAAGCGCACACUUGUCGAAACUCCUUUGAAUGCUCCUGUCCCAUACAAAGUGCGUGACAUGGCCAACAAAAUGGCACUGCUUGACCGAGAAGUCAAGUAUCUGAUCAACAAGGCAAAGAUCUGGAAACCAAAGCAAGAACCAGCGGCGAAUGCCACAGAGAGUGGUGCCGAGAGUAAAACUAAAGGUUCCAGCGAUUCUGGUUCUAAAUCCUCUCCAAAGGCAGACUCUGAAAAGACUGGAAAAGCCAAAUCUGUUCCAAAAAGCGAAAGCGAGGCGGGAGAUUCGCAAGAAAAGUUAGAAUUGGAAGGUAGCGACUCGGCACAAAAGAAGGAGGAUGUCAAAAAAGACAAACAUCAAGAACUUUAGUGAAUUGUUAUUUUAAAUAAGACCGGUGGGCAGUCAACUAGAAGAUGAUGAGGCCGAUCGUUGAUCAGUUUUUUUUACUCCUACAUCGUUCGCAUGUUGGGCUUUAAACGGCAUUGUCUAAUGUUGAUGAAUUCAGAAAGGCCGAGCAUAACCGCGAAAGAAAUGUAUGUACGUGUACAAACUUCAGUAUGUCUUUUUAAUUGUCACAAGGGUGUUACAUCGUCUUGAUCUUCGUUCUUCAGGUGCAGAGCUCCUGAAAACGAGAAUCGCAUUUUCUUGACGGUUAUAUUUAGAUAGAUUUCGAAACGUGUUUGCGUGCAGCUUAGGGAACAUUAUUCAAUAAAAGUUUUGCAUGAAGAAUGAUGAUUGCAAUAUAAUUAAAACACAUGAGUUGAUUACUGAAGAGAGGAAAAUUUCUGUAGAGUGUUUUGCAUAAUUAUGAGAUUAAGGAAUUGAUUUUAAGCUCGAUUCGUGUAGAUUUUCGAGUUUGUGGUUUUAUUAAGUUGCCUUAUAGAGUGUCAUACAUCGGGGACUAAUUAAUCAAGUUUUAAGACAAGUUGAGCAAACGAUUUAAAGAGGUAGAACAAUCAUGAGCAGUCGAUACAAUCAAUAUAUUUGAAUAAAUCAGUUUUGUGCUUGAAAAAUGAUGAGAUAAAAUAUUAAAUUGAAUAUUAGGCUAAACGAGGGUGAAACGAUAAGAUGUCAUUGUCUCUUAUUACUCUUUUGAACUCUUUUUCGCAGUCCAUGCAAAUUCUUAUAAUGCAGCACAAAUAAUUAGAAAAAUAUUGCGCUGAAAAGUUUUUCCUCUCUCUAGUGAAUUAACCCUUUCAGUGAAAAAACAAAUGUUUGGGAGGGAGAAAAUAUUUUUCUGGUGCGAAAGAGUCGUGUAAUAAUCUGCAAGAGAGAGAGUAAAACUUCGUAUAGACUUAUUUUCCUUCUUAAUUGUCAAACUGUUGUUUCAAUUUCAGUGAAAUAUUUCAUGUAUGCAUUUUUAAUUGUUUUAAGUAUAGUUCCUGCAACUGAAUGAAUGUGGAGACGUCGACGAGCUUGUUAGACGCAAAAAAUAAAGACUGCCUUUCAGAAAGAAUCUUUACUGAAAGGGUUGAAUGAUAAACUGUUGUAAAGAGGAACUAUGCAUCUAAGCAAGCUUUUAUCAUGAGGGAUAUUUAGAAAUCAUGCCGCUCAAAUUGUGAAACUAGGGUUCAGUACAGUGGUAAAAAGAGGAUUUUGUCACUAUCCGACUACCCCUACUCUGUGAUACAGCAGACUGCUAAUAAUUCCUUCUCUGAAAAUCGCGAAAUCAUGCACUACAUUUGUUAUCUAGGAUUAAUUUCCGUCAUUCCAUAAAUUCCUCUCAUGAUUAGAAUUUUGUUAUUUAUUGAUUGGGGUGAAUAAAAUUGUAUUUAUAGAAAAGA